CCUGUAACACCGGUGCAACAUUCAACCUUCAAUCAUAGCCCCUCCUCUCUGCAGGAACCCAAACAUCAACACCACCACUAUGGCGCCCAUCAAUAAACGUGCGCGGGCGGUUGUUGAAGAUGAAGAUGGCGAUGCGUCGUCUAGCCGUGCAAGAGAUUCAGUAGGUAUCUACACGAUGGUAUUGUGAUCUUCACUGACUUGCACUUCGCAGAGUCGCAAAAAGGUACGAUUGUCGAAUGACUUAAGACCUGCUCGUGAGGAAAGCGAUUCUAGUAGCAGCGAAGAUGACCCCGAAGAAACCAACGGCUACUCGACGGCGCCAGCAGCUACACAACAGUAUGAGGACUUUCGAGAUCAAGGUUUCCGCCAUCUGGCGAACCCAGACCAAGACGACAAGAGAGCGACACAAAAGCUUCAGCGGAAGAUUGCCGAACGAAGCGAACUUAUAGGAGACAACCAUGCGGCCGAAAAUGCCAUUAUCGAAGAGAUAACCUGUGUCAACUUCAUGUGUCACGACAGACUGAAUGUCAAACUGGGGCCAUUGAUCAAUUUUGUGGUCGGGAUGAACGGAAGUGGCAAGAGCGCUGUUCUGACUGCCCUCACCUUGUGCUUGGGAGGCAAAGCAUCAUCUACUAAUCGAGGCACCAAGGUGAAAGACCUGAUCAAGUCUGGCCAGGAGCAUUCAGCUUUGAUUGUCGUGCUCAAGAACCAGGGCAACGAUGCAUAUCAACCAGAAAUCUUCGGUAAAUCAAUAAUCGUCGAGCGUCACUUUUCGACAAGUGGCAGUGGUUCAUGGAAGCUCAAAAAUGAAUUCGGCAAAGUAAUUUCCAAGACAAAAGGCGACGUGGAUGAUAUGAUUGAGUACUAUCAACUUCAGGUGGACAAUCCCAUGAAUGUAUUGACUCAGGACGCCGCCAAAACCUUCAUUACCAAGUCGAACCCUCAACAAAAAUACAAGUUUUUUGUGGAGGGUGUACAGCUAGAGGCUCUGGAUAAUGACUACAAGAUGGUCUCCGACAGCUGCGACCAAAUCGCUGAAAAACUUGACGAAACUAAGGAUAAUCUCGACGAUCUUAAGAAAGCCUUCGAAAUUGCUAUGGAAAAGUCUAAUAUCGCAAAGCAGUCGGAAGGGUUAAGAACUAGAUUGAGAAAAGUACGCCAACAAACAGCUUGGGCGCAGGUGGAACAGGUUGAGCGGGCUUUGGCUGAGAGAGAAGCCGCCUUACAUGACGCACAAAAUGCGGUGAUUCAACAAGAGGCUACGGCAGAAGAAAAAGGGAAAUCGUUCGAUGCGCUGGACGAGAAAUUGGAGGUGUUGAAGCAACGUGAACAAAAGGCUCGGGAGGAGGAAGGCCCUAUCAGGGGAGAAGCUGAAAUGGCCAAAGAAGUUCACGACAAGGUCAAGGGCGCACUUGAAAAACUGCGGGCUGAUCGCCAGAGCAUCAAAACCAACAUGGCGGAAAAUGACAGAAAAUUAAAGAGCAUCCAAAAUGAUAUUAAUAAAGAAGUUCAACUUCUCGAAGCCGCCAAUGGAGGGGCUCAAUCUGUAAAACAAGCAGAAAUAGCAGAAGCCGAGCAAAAUCUAUCAAUAGCCGAAGAAUCACAGAAACGAUUGGAGGCCGAUAUACCAAGAUUGCAACAAGACGUCACAGAGGCACAGACCGAUGCCGACAGAGCGGCAAGAGCAGUUGCAGAUAAACGCUCAGAAUUUGAGAGUGCCAACGCACGACUAAGAAAUCUCGGUCAGGGACAAGUGCAUCCAUUAUCAGGAUUUGACCCCAAGCUACAAAAUUUGGUCAAAAUGAUAAACGCUGAACGGGGCUUUCGAGAGAAACCGGUUGGCCCUAUUGGCACGCAUAUCAAAAUUCGAGAUCCUUUCUGGUCACAAAUAUUAGAGUCUGUCUUGGGUAACGCGCUCAACGGCUUCAUUGUGACGAGCAAAGCUGACCAGCAGUUGCUUACAAUUCUCAAACGCAGGGCCAAUGUAGAUCAACAUUGGAUUCCAGUGAUCAUCGGCAACCAUCAAAGUAUUGACACAGAUGCACAUGAACCAGACCCAAAGUAUCUUACCGUCUUAAGGAUCUUGGAAAUUGACAACGAACUUGUCAAGAAUCACUUGAUAAUUAGCAGCAUGAUCGAACAGUCCCUACUCGCCAAGACCCGUACGGAGGGAUUCAAAAUUAUGUUUGAAGGUCCAGAAAGGCCUUUGAGACAUGCGAAACAAUGCUUCGCUCCCCACGAUACUCGAAGAGAGUUUGGCCAUCGAUUUGCUUACUCAGGUCUAAAUAAAAAUCCAGACAUGACUCCCCUUAACAUUAAAACAAACUCGAAAUCGCGAAUGCGUACCGAUAUUGAUCGCCAGAUUGCUCAUCAGCAAGAUACGGUAGCCCAACUGGACCGUGAAGCGAAUUCACUCGAGAACCAACGUGGUCAAGCAGCGGCGACAUCGCAAAAAUGCAAACAGGCUCUCGAGAGGAAUUCUCGAGAUCGGAAGGCGGGAAAGGUAAAGAUCCAGAAGAUUCAAGACAAGAUUGAGGAUCUUAAAACCCAACUAGAGCAAUACAACGUCCAAGAUGGUCGGUUGGAUGGCCUCAGAGAGGAGUUGACCGAACGACAGAGGGAGCAAUCACAGGACGAAACAACUUACGGUGAUAUAGGCCUGGAAAUGCAUAAAUGCAAUGAGGAAGCUCUGGAAAAGAAACGCAAAUUGGACGAGGUCAAAUUGCGCUUGCAGGAUCACGAAGCUUUGAUGGAUAAAAUUUUGAGAAGAAAAUCGAAUUUUGAACAAUCUCGCGAAAUAGCUUUGCGGGAAAAGAAUCAUCAUAUAACAUUGAUUCAGGAAAGAAAGGACCAACUUGAUCGCUGUGAGAGAAAACGAACCGAAGCAUACGACCAUGUUCAGGACUUCAUUAGUCAAGCCAGCCAAAUAUGUGGUCGAGUAGUAGUGCCUCCGGGCGAGACUUCUGAAACUCUGGAAACCAAGUACGAGGCGCUCAGACGACAACUCGCGGAAAGGGAGAAGAACCAGGGCGGUUCUGAUGAAGAAAUUCACCAAAGAGCAUUAGCAGCCAGGCAAAAUCUUGAUAAUGCAAGAGCUGGUAGAGACGAGUUGGAAGAUCUUCUCAACGUUCUCAGACGCUCAUUCGCCCUACGAAUGGUAAUGUUCCGGCGUUUUCAGAGAUUUAUAUCGGCCCGUUCGCGAAUUAAUUUCAAUUAUCUGCUCAGCGAGAGAGCGUUCAGAGGAAAGCUUACUAUUGACCACCAGGCAAGACUACUUGAUGUCCACGUUGAGCCGGAUGAGACGACCAAGAGUGGAAAAGGAAGAAAGACUAAAACACUUUCUGGUGGAGAAAAGUCAUUCUCUUCAAUUUGCUUACUUCUGGCUCUCUGGGAGGCUAUGGGUGCGCCACUGAGAUGUCUUGACGAAUAUGAUGUUUUCAUGGAUGAUGUGAACAGAGAUGUCAGCACAAGAAUGAUUGUAAGUUUGAUUCUGAUUUGCUUGUUGCCUCAUAACCUUAACAACAUAUAGAUCAGCGCCGCUCGUCGGUCAGUUGGUAGACAAUUUAUCCUGAUUACUCCCAAAGGCUUGGGUGAAGGUGCCGGAAAUGGAGACGAAGAUGUCAAGAUCAUCAAGUAGGUUCUUUGCUCAUUCAAUCAACAUGUCCUGUAUAAACGAUGUGGAAUUGUUGCUAACGAUUCUUCAGAUUGCUGGAUCCUCGAAAGAAACAGCAACAGAUUGAUGAGAUGUUGCCUAGAGCCUAGUAUGGUAACAGGAAAUCUGGGGAAACGGAGUUGUGGGCGUAUGGGUUCUAUUUUGUAUGAUGGUAUGGGGUGGGCGUAAAACAAUACUGGCAAAUGGCGUUUGUUUAUUAUGGAAUCUCAGUAAGCGGAUCUUAGCUGGUAUUAGCAGAGCUAGUUCUCCGACUCAUGACAAUGAUACAUGUCUACAUAUUGUACAAACCACACAUAGCUUUCCAUCUCUAUGUUUCUCUCCUUCGGUCUCCAUCCUGUAAAGUUGUACUCGUAAACUUCCCUUUUUUAAGACUAG